AAUAAAACCUCCACACGCAUCAGAGAUAUGUCGGAGGAAAAGUACGAGUAUGAUAAAUUAUACCAAAGGAAUAGUAAGAAAUCUGAUACUCAACUUUUUGAAAAUGGAAAUCGUUUGGUCCAGUACGCAGUGGGAUUUGCAGUUUGUAUUGGAAUUGUUGGCUUGGGAACACAUAGAGCAUGGACUUCGCCUUCAUUGCCAUAUUUAAAAAAUCCAAAUCCAUAUUUUAUCAUCACCAAUUCACAAGGCACAUGGAUCGUUUCACUAUUACUUGUUGGCGAUACAAUAGGCAGCAUAAUUGAUCCUAUAUUUAUUGACAGACUUGGAAGAAAAAAAUCUAUAAUUAUAUUUACCAUACCGGCAAUAAUUAGUUGGCUAUUGAUAAUUUAUGCGGAAAAUUAUAUCUAUAUCUAUAUAGCGAGAUUACUCGCUGGUAUUCAUCAAGGUGGUACAAUAAAUGUUUUAAUAAUUUACAUAUCGGAAAUUGCAGAAAAACGAAUACGAGGAAUUUUAGGAAAUUUGAUGCGAGUCGCCAGUACAUUUGGCUAUUUUAUUUGUACAGCAUUGUCGGCAUUUCUUCCAUUUAAAAUUUGGAAUUCCAUUUGUAUGUUGAUACACGUGACAUUUUUUGUGAUUUCAUUUUUUUUGCCAGAGAGUCCAUAUUUUUUUUUUAUGAAAAAUCACGAUGAGAAUGCUGUGAAAACUCUCGUGAAACUUCGACAAGUCAAUAGUUCAAAGGAACUUGAUUUAGAGAUUCAGGAAAUUAAAAUAACAAUCGCUGAACAAAAAUUGAGUGGAAAAAUGGCAUUAAUUCAAUUAUUGGGUAAUAAACAACAUUGGAGGGAUUUGAUUAUUUCGUCAUUGAUGUUAGUGAUUCAAUUGUUUUCUGGUAUUUUAGCUGUUAAUUUUUAUACUGAAGAAAUUUUGAGUUACAGUGAUUUCUCCUUGGAAGCAAGUUAUCAAGUGAUGAUUGUCACUGGAAUAACAGUUGUCGCGUGUGCUUUCACAACUUUUUUUAUCGAUAGAUUCGAGAGAAAAACACUUUUUCUCUAUUCAGGAUUAUUGUGCUCCUUAUCAUUAGCUGUAAUUGGUAUUUUUUUCUUUAUGAAAUUUUAUCUUGAAAUAAAUGUUUCUUCAAUUAAAUGGCUUCCGCUUUUAGGAUUAGUGAUGUAUAAGAUUUCAUAUUCAUUGGGAAUGGGUCCAAUACCUGAUAUAUUGAUGGGGGAAAUUUUUCCUAUUAAUAUAAAAGCUACGGCUAUUUCUUUUAUUGUUGUUGUAACUUCGAUAUUUUGUUUAAUAACCGCUGCUGGUUAUGAAAUUUUAAACAAAAUGGCAGGAAUUUAUGUGACAUUUUUUGUUUUUUCAAUAUCGGCGUUUCUAGGGCCAAUUUUAAUUUACUUUAUCACCCCAAGUACCGCGGGAAAAACCCUCGAGGAAAUUCAAUUGGCAAAAAAUAGAAAUAUAAGAGAACGAUUGGAAUCCGAAAGACUCAAGUGUUCGAAUUUUUUAAAAUAAGUAUAAAUGAAAUUAUCGAGCUUUUUUUUUAAUAAAAUAAGUAUUAUUUUAAAUAUUUACAUUUAAAUUUUACAAAUUUCUUAUAAAUGAAAAAAAGAUAAAGAUAAAAUUAAAUUAAAGACAAUAAGAAAAAAAACUUAAGACUGAAUUCACUGAAAAAAUUAUAUUCUAAUUUUAAGAAUAGAAUGGCGCCUAUUUUAAAAAUAUUUUCUUUUGUCAUGUAGAAUAUGUUUUUAAUUUAAAAAUUGUUUUUUUAUUUUAUUUAUAUUCUAACUUUAAGAAUAAAAUGCAUGGGAAAUAUUCUUAAAUAGGCGCCAAUUUAUUCUUAAAUUUAGAAUACAAAUUUUUUCAAUGAAAAUAUUUAUAAAGCAAAAGUAAAGAGGGAAAUAAAUAGAAAAUUUAGGUACAAUAAUUUUUUAUGAAAACAACAACAAUAAUAAUAAUACUAUGGUAAUUACUAGUGACGUAAUUGUAAUUGAAGAAGCACCAUUACACAAAUCAGUGGAACAAAUUUUGCGAUAACCCUUUAAAUAUUUGUUAUUAGCAUAUUUGAAUUGUCGAAAAACAGUUUUUGUUUCUGCUUCAAAACAAAAAUAUAAAUCAAAGAUCU